AUGUAUUUUUAUCCACCAGCAGCUUUCCCCAACCGACCGGAUCGACCGCCAUCUCUCCACGGUGCAAAUACAGGGAUCGGGAAGGCCACAGCAGUGGAUCUGGCCCGGAGAGGCGCCCGUGUCAUUCUGGCAUGCCGCGACAAAGCAAGAGGAGAAUCAGCUGUGUGUGACAUCAGACGGGAAAGUGGGAACUCGGAAGUGAUCCUGAUGAUCCUGGAUCUGGCCAACCUCAACUCCGUGCGAGCUUUUGCACAAAACUUCCUAAAAUCGGAGCCCCGUCUGGACAUCCUCAUCAACAAUGCCGGGGUCUUUAAGGCUGGCCAAACAGCUGAUGGCUUUGACCUGGCCUUCCAAGUCAACCACUUGGGCCACUUCUUGCUGACCCACCUGCUCCUGGACCGGCUGAAGCACUGUGCCCCGAGCCGGGUCAUAAUCUUGGCCUCGAGUAUGCAUUCCUUUGGGAAGAUCGACGUUCGGAAAAUCUACAAGCCGGCGGAGGGGAUAUGGCAGGCCACUAAAUCAUACUGCAACAGCAAACUAGCCAACAUUCUCCAUGCGCGAGAGUUGGCCAACAAGCUGGAAGGAACCAACGUCACCUGCUACGCGGUUGAUCCAGGAUCUGUUAGAACCGAACUUGGUCGCUCCUUUCCAUGGUGGGUAUUUCGGGUGUUUGGAUUCAUGAAGCUGUUCAGACGAGAUUGCAACGCUGGUGCCCAGACCACCAUCUACUGUGCGACCGAGGAGGGCAUCGAGAGGCUGAGCGGACGGUAUUUUGCGGACUGCCGGCCAAAAGUGCCCUGGCCACAGGCCUGUGAUGACCACAUGGCCAAGAAGCUCUGGGAAUUCAGCGAGAGUCUGCUGGGACUGACCACUUAAGUUGGGAAGGGACAGAGACGGAGUUUGGGGUAACCGAAGGCAGGCAUUUGAUUAGACCGGGGGAUCAAACUGCAGGGAAUCUAAAAAUUACCGGAGGUUAUGUUGUGGCUGAGACAAGCGUUGAAUUUACGAGAAGUUUUAAAACUGAAAAACAUUAUGGGGUUUCUUGUGGCAAGUUAACCAGUGUUGGGUUUGAAGGUGGGCAGUCAUAAGAAUCUUUUAAAUCAGUGCCCCUCCUCACCUUUUGGGCACCAAGGAUCAGUUCCAUGGAGAGAGGUUUUUCUAUAGACCAGAGGAUGUGUGGUUUCGCAUGCUGCCUGCAUCCCGCAGAUGGGAUGCUUCGCUUGCUUGUGUGGCCCAGUUUCUGGCAUGGUGUGGACCGGUGCCGGUCU